UCAUCAUCAGUCCACUUCUAUAACUUGCCAGACAACGUUGUUAUUUCUCUUUUCAAGUACUCGUUUGUAGAAAUUAAUCUUUAUCGUUUAUGCAUAUAUUAUAUACAAUAGGAAAUACGUCGAAUUGUUGUGUAAUAUUCAAGUUGAAACGCUAUUUCUAAAUUUACAAGUCACAGGUGGACGAACAUAUUUGCAUUGGGGACAAUUUCACAACUCAUUUCCAUAAAAUAUAUUUGAAAUGAGUGUUUUUGUAACUCUAACGAGAUUGCCUAACAGCUUCGUAACAGGAGCAAGAUGUUAUUCAAAAAUCGGGUUUGUCGGAUUGGGCAACAUGGGCGGUCAUAUGGCGAGGAAUCUGUUGAAAAAGGGCUACGCUCUUACGGUGUACGACGUAAAUAAAUUGGCGAUGACGAAUCUAGCAGAGGCAGGUGCAAAAUGUGCGGCAAGCGUCGCAGAAAUGUCUAGCAACGUCGAAGUUGUUAUCUCGAUGUUGCCUUCGAAUCAACACGUUCUCGACGUGUACACUGGCAAGGACGGUGUACUCAGUGCGGCAAAGGAGAACGCUUUACUGAUCGACAGCAGCACUGUGGAUCCAUCGGUGGAUCAAUCGAUUGCGUCGCAGGCUCGGGAACGGAAUUUAAGAUUUAUUGAUAGCCCGGUGUCGGGAGGUGUGAAUGCUGCCGAGAAUGGCACCUUGACAUACAUGGUAGGGGGCUCGAAAACGGAUUUCGACCACGCGAAAUCCAUCCUGGAAGCCACGGGAUCUAGGAUAGUACAUUGCGGUGACGUGGGCAUGGGUCAGGCCGCCAAGCUCUGCAAUAACAUGCUGCUGGCCAUUAGUAUGAUUGGCACUGCGGAGGCGUUCAACCUCGGGCAAAGGCUUGGUCUGGACGCAAAGGUGUUGGUGGACAUCGUGAAUUCCAGCUCGGGCAGGUGCUGGUCCUCCGAGCUUUACAAUCCAGUUCCAGGAAUCCUACCGAAUGUUCCGAGUUCGAAGAAUUAUGAGGGUGGUUUCGGCACAACGCUAAUGGCGAAGGACUUGGGAUUAGCGCAAUCCGCUGCCACCAGAACGCAAACGCCAAUUCCUCUUGGCUCUCUGGCACAUCAAGUUUACAGGGCAGUUAUUGCUCAGGGAUACCCGAAUAAAGAUUUCAGUGUGGUUUAUCAGUUCCUGAAAGGUAAAGAAUAAAAAGACUUAAAUCUCCCUAUGUUAAACUUUCAUAAUAAGCAUAAGUUUAAUUGAGCUUAUUGCACUUACGCUUAUUAAAUAAGAGCAAAAUGCAUGCUCUUUGUAAACGAAAAAAAAUUAUUUUAUUAUUAAUAAAAAUUUUAAUUUUGAUAAAAAAACUUUACAAAAACUAA